AUGCCCUCACCUUGCUAUCCCUCGCAAGCCCUCGAGACCUACCAGCCUCUUCCUAGCUCGUGCGCUAUGGACUCGUCGCCUAUUGAACACCUUUCCCACUCUCAACAAUUACUCAGUGGCCACAGACACGGCCAUCUCCAACGACCAAAUUACUACAGCAACGUGGCAAUGUACGUGUGCUGCCAAUGCCGCGAUGGUCCAAAAGUGUGGGGAAACAACCCCGUUUGCGUUAUAUGCCACCAUGUUGCCUGCGACGAAUGUCAACUUGUCAAGUGA